AGGGAAUUAGGGGUUAAAUUGGGGGGAUACGGGAAAUUUCUAGUCUAUGCAGGCGCCGUUACGAAAUAUAUGCGUCAUUGUAGGUUAGUUUAGCGCAUAUAGUCCGUCAAUUGAAGGUUUUUAGGAGCUACGGGAGUGGGAAAGUCCAAGUUAGGGAUUGCACUUGCCAAGGCAUUUUCAGGAGAAAUUAUUAAUGGGGAUGCUAUGCAGAUUUAUGAAGGAUUAGAUAUCCUUACUAAUAAGCAGUCUUUGGAGGAGAGAGAAGAUGUUAAACAUCAUUUACUUGGAUAUUUAAAGAUAACAGAAGCAUAUAAUGUUUUUCAAUAUGAAAAAGAGGCGCUUUGUAUUAUAGAAGGGUUACAUGAAAGGAAAACGUUGCCAAUUUUUAUUGGAGGAACAAAUUAUUAUAUACAAUCGGUUUUAUUUAAAAAUGCACUUUUAUCAAAAAAGAAACGAGUAACGGGAGAAGAGAAGGAAAAAAUACAAGGGAAAGAAGAGGAGAAAAGAUUAGAAGAGAAAGAAGAGGAGGAGGAAAAAAGGAAAAGUAUGAUUAAACAUUUAUUGAAUAUUUCUACGGCGGAUUUAUAUCGUCGUUUGGAAGAAAUUGAUCCAUUGAUUGCAAAAAGAUGGCAUCCGAAUGAUCGACGCAAGAUUCAGCGUUGUCUUGAAAUUUAUUAUGAAACGGGAUGUCGUCCUAGUGAUUUGUACAAUGAACAACGAAAAGAUAAUGAUAAACGUGAAAUUCCUAGAUUUAGAACAUGUAUUUUUUGGGUAUAUUGUGAUUAUAAGGUUUUGGAUGAAAUGCUUGAUAAAAGAGUGGAUAAAAUGUGUGAUUUGGGUUUAUUUGAUGAAAUUAAUAUGAUGUAUGAUGUAUGGAAUACACUUGAUCAACAAAAAAUAGGUUUAGACGUACAAAAAGGGAUUUGGCAGGCUAUUGGAUUUAAAGAAUUCUUGCCAUACCUUCAAUUACCUAAAAAUACCGAGAAACAAACGAGAAAUACAUAUCUUUUGAAUGCAAUUGCAUCCAUGAAACUUGCUACUCGUCAAUACGCUAGAAAACAAGUGAAAUGGAUUAGAAACAAAUUAUAUCCUCUUUGUAAAGCGGCAGGGAUGAAUAUUCGAUUUUACCUUUUGGAUGCGACGGAUUUAUCGCUUUGGGAUAAUCAGAUACAAAAUCUUGCUAUAUCACUUUUUUCAGACUUUUUACAAGACAAACCUGGUCCAGAUCCUCUUUCGCUUAAUACGGUUGCAGCAUCAUUACUUUCUUCAAAAAAAAUACUUGAUUAUGCCUCUCAAACAGAUCUUUGGAAACAUUAUACUUGUAACGUUUGUAAAACUUCAUCAGGUGCACCUUUUGUAGCAGUUGGUCUUCCUCAAUGGACAAUUCAUUUACAAGGACGUAGGCAUAAAAGAAUUGCUACUAAGUUAAAAAUGAACUCUUCAAUCAUGGAGGAUAGAUAAAUUUAUGUACAAUUAUGCAAUUAUUUUGAAUCAUUAUGUAUUCAAA